UCACACAGCACAUGGAGAAGGCACGUAAAUAAAUUCCCUGCACUAAUCUGUUAAGUGUCCUUUUGUACUGAACUGUGCAACAUUUCCUUCCCUAUAAAACAUUACAUGAAGUUAUCACGAAGUGGACUUGGUGUGCACCUUAUGGAAUCAACAAUGACACAAAGCCAGUUGGACGAGGUGGAAAAAUUACUAACCAGUAUAAUCUGCAUGUUUAACAAGUAUUCCCAGGAUGAAGCAUUGCUUGCUUUCGUCGAGGAACCCCUACCUGAGCAGGCUGUAAACGUCGCCUACGACUCGGAUCAGCAUUUCAGUCCUGUCUCAGAAGCAGAUGUAUGGAGCUCCAAUGGAUUCUGCUUGGCCAACACUGAAACGAUACUUUAUGAUGCAUUUUUAUUGAAGGAACGUGAGAAAUCGAAAUGUGCCGACAUGGACACAGACACGAUGUGAGAGGAUGUACGAUGAAGUAACUGCUAAUUUGAUGAUUAAUAAUAUUAGGCUACAUAACCUAGAUCAUCUUCAUUAUAUACUCUGUAUACACUGCCUGGCCAAAAGUUUGGACAUUCCAAGAAUUUAUUAACUGCUUUUAGCUUUGAUUAGUGUGCACAGUGUGGUGCUGAAUUCAUGUGUCAAAAUGAGAUCUCAUGUUCCCAGAACCACACGAUUUGGAUGCUGGAAUAUGUCUGUUCCAUCACGGAAGAAAAACUCAGCAGAUGUGAUAACCUGGUCAAUCACCUGACUUCAUUUAAUCACCACAUAGUGUUCCUGAGCCUAGACCUGACCAACUGAAGCAACCCCAGAUCAUAACACUGCCUCCAGAGGCUUGUACAGUGGCAACUAUGCAUUAUGGGUGCAUCGUGUUAUGCUCUUCCCUUAUUACCCUGACACACCCAUCGCUCUGGAAUAGACACAAUCUGAACCAUCUGAUCAGACCACAUGAACUUUUUCCAUUGCUCCAAAGUCCAGUCUUUAUGCUCCCUAGCAGAUACUGUAAGUG